CAGCGCAUGACCGCGGCACUGCAGCUGCGGCGCUCCUUCCCCCGCCCGCGCGGGAUUCCUGGGGGAAGGGGGUGGGGGGCUCGGAGCUGCAGGACCCAUCAUUCCGACACGCGCCGCGACGCCAGGAGUUGGGGAGGACGCCCGUGCUCCCUUCCCUCGUUCCUGUUUCUCGGAGUUUUUCGACCCGUGAGCGCGUCGCUGAGUCACCUUCCCGGAACGCGCUCGGGACGCUCUGGACCCAGCGGGGACUGCCCGGGGGCCGUGCAGGACGAAGGCGCACCCGCCGAUACGCGCGCGGAGCUGCGGCCCCAGGGACCCCGCGUCCCAGCCUGUGCCCCCCGACCCGCCCGGGGACUCUCGGGUCCCGCCCGUCUGACCCCCCCAAGUGUUGGGAAACGGGGCCGAGCGAGCUGCCUGGGUCCUCCGGAAGAGAAGACACCGCGGAGGCGUGCCGGAGUUCAGGGCGCCGCCCGGCUAAUUGGCUGCGUGCUCCUCCCGGACCUGCCUCUUCUCGACUUUAAGAAGCGAUGAGAGAGAUCCAGCCGCCUCAGGGAAUGACGCCGGUGGUCCUACAGCCACGGCUCCGGGCGGGGAGGGCGAGACCCACAGCCGGCCUUGCGACGCCCGCCUGGGCAGCACCGAUAAGGAGCUGAAGGCAGGAGCCGCCGCCACGGGCAGCGCCCCCACAGCGCCGGGGACCCCCUGGCAGCGGGAGCCGCGGGUCGAGGUUAUGGAUCCAGCGGGCGGCCCCUGGGGCGUGCUCCCGCGGCCCUGCCGCGUGCUGGUGCUGCUGAACCCGCGCGGCGGCAAGGGCAAGGCCCUGCAGCUCUUCCGGAGUCACGUGCAGCCCCUUUUGGCUGAGGCUGAAAUCUCCUUCACGCUGAUGCUCACUGAGCGGCGGAACCAUGCGCGGGAGCUGGUGCGGUCGGAGGAGCUGGGCCGCUGGGACGCUCUGGUGGUCAUGUCUGGAGACGGGCUGAUGCACGAGGUGGUGAACGGGCUCAUGGAGCGGUCUGACUGGGAGACCGCCAUCCGGAAGCCCCUGUGUAGCCUCCCAGCAGGCUCUGGCAACGCGCUGGCAGCUUCCUUGAACCAUUAUGCUGGCUAUGAGCAGGUCACCAAUGAAGACCUCCUGACCAACUGCACGCUGUUGCUGUGCCGCCGGCUACUGUCACCCAUGAACCUGCUGUCUCUGCGCACGGCUUCGGGGCUGCGCCUCUUCUCUGUGCUCAGCCUGGCCUGGGGCUUCAUUGCUGAUGUGGACCUAGAGAGUGAGAAGUAUCGGCGUCUGGGGGAGAUGCGCUUCACUCUGGGCACCUUCCUGCGUCUGGCAGCCCUGCGCACCUACCGCGGCCGACUGGCCUACCUCCCUGUAGGAAGAGUCGGCUCUAAGACACCUGCCUCCCCCGUUGUGGUCCAGCAGGGCCCCGUAGAUGCACACCUUGUGCCACUGGAGGAGCCAGUGCCCUCUCACUGGACAGUGGUGCCUGACCAGGACUUUGUACUAGUCCUGGCGCUGCUGCACUCACACCUGGGCAGUGAGAUGUUUGCUGCACCCAUGGGCCGCUGUGCAGCUGGUGUCAUGCAUCUGUUCUACGUGCGAGCCGGAGUGUCUCGGGCCAUGCUGCUGCGCCUCUUCCUGGCCAUGGAGAAGGGCAGGCAUAUGGAGUAUGAAUGCCCCUACUUGGUAUAUGUCCCCGUGGUCGCCUUCCGCUUGGAGCCCAAGGAUGGGAGAGGUGUGUUUGCAGUGGAUGGGGAAUUGAUGGUUAGCGAGGCCGUGCAGGGCCAGGUGCACCCAAACUACUUCUGGAUGGUCAGUGGUUGCGUGGAUCCCCCACCCAGCUGGAAGCCCCAGCAGACGCCACCUCCAGAAGAGCCCUUAUGACCCCUGGGCCGCGCUGUGCCUUAGUGUCUACUUGCAGGAUCCUUCCUCCUUCCCCAGGGCUGCAGGGCCUGUCCACAGCUCCUGUGGGGUGGAGGAGACUGCUCUGGAGAAGGGUGAGAAGGUGGAGGCUGUGCUUUGGGGGGACAGGCCAGAACGAGGUCCUGGGUCAGGAGCCCAGCUGGCUGGGCCCAGCUGCCUAUGUAAGGCCUUCUAGUUUGUUCUGAGACCCCCACCCCACCAACCAAAUCCAAAUAAAGUGACAUCCCCAGCCUG